AUGGUCGAUAAGUCUGGAUCGAAGAACGAAGUCGAGACCUCCGAAUGGGAGGUGGCCUCAGGGCAGGUGGCUCCCCUUGAUAGAAAUAAGAAGGAGAUUGGUACUAUUUCCGCAAUAGGACUCAUUUUUAAUCGUAUGGUUGGUACUGGUAUCUUUGCCACUACCUCAACCAUUUUUGUGCUUUCGGGAUCUGUGGGUUUGUCGCUUAUUCUCUGGUUUGUGGGUUCCCUUAUAUCCUUGGCCGGUUUGUAUGUAUACAUGGAAUUUGGUUCUGCCAUCACCAAGAAUGGUGGUGAGAAGAACUACGUGGAGUACGUCUAUAGAAAGCCAAAAUUCUUAGCCUCUGCCAUGUACGCUUCCUAUGUGUUCUUCCUUGGCUGGGCUUCUGGUAACUCCAUCGUUUUUGGUGAGUAUAUUUUAACUGCUGCUGGUGUUACCGUCACUAGAUGGAACGAAAGGGGUAUUGGUAUCGCCUGUGUGACCUUUGCAUUUUUGGUUCAUUCUAUCAACGUUAAGGCUGGUGUCUACUUGCAGAACGUUCUUGGUUUGUUCAAGUUGGUGAUUAUUCUUAUCAUUACCGUUACUGGAUGGGUUGCUUUGGGCGGUGGUAUAAGUGGUGCUCCUGGAAAGGCCAAUUUCCAUGAUUCAUUCAGCGGUACUCCAGUUACUGGUUACGGUGUUGUCACAGCUUUAUACAACAUUAUCUGGUCCUUCAUUGGAUAUUCCAAUGCCAACUACGCUCUUGGUGAGGUGAAGAAUCCCAUCAAAACUCUCAGGAUCGCUGGUCCCUCUGCUGUCAUCUGUUUGGCGGUCAUCUACAUGUUGGUGAAUAUUGCAUACUUUGCAGUUGUGCCGUUGGAUGAGUUGGCAGGAUCUGGACAGAUUGUUGCCUCUAACUUCUUCCGAAUUGCAUUUGGUAGGAAAUCGGAAAAGGCCCUUUCGGUGUUUGUGGCCCUCUCUGCUUUGGGUAACGUUAUGUCUGUGAUUUUCUCUCAAGGUAGAAUCGUUCAACAGUUAGGAAGGGAAGGAAUCUUACCUUUUUCCAAAUUCUUUGCUACACAGAAACCGUUUAAUACUCCAAUGGUUGGCUUGUUUGAGCAUUGGGUGGUGUGCGUCAUAACUAUCGUUGCUCCUCCACCGGGCGAUGCCUACAACUUUAUUUUGAACUUGAUAUCAUACCCUCUAAACAUUGUCAAUAUGUUUGUGGCUGCAGGUUUACUUUGGUUACAUUAUAGAAACAAGAAGGGUAAAGAGAGCUGGAAUCCUCCUAUCAAAGCUACUAUACCUGUCACCAUGUUUUUCCUUUUAUCAUCGAUCUACUUGGUGGUAGCUCCAUAUGUGCCACCUAGCGCAGGUCAAUCUGUGUAUAAUAGUCUUCCGUAUUACCUACACUGUGUAGUGGGUAUCGGUAUUUUUGCAUUUGGUGCUUUGUACUGGGUGGUAUGGGCGUGGGUCCUUCCUGCAAUUGGAGGAUAUCGCUUGGACUCCAAGGAAGAGCUAGGCGAUGAUGGCUUUUGGAGACAUCGUAUUGUUAAGGUGAAGAACGGACAGGAUAUUGAGGAGGCUGUCGAGGAAGAGCAAAGCAAGGAAGUAAUUCCUUCUGUUGGUUCGUCAAGUCAGACGGAAGGUUUCGAGACAAAAGAAUCAACCAAUAGUGUGGCAUUUUAG